GCCCUUGAUAUCUCAGCGGAGCGCAAGGUGUCCGGCUGCAGUGGCUAUGUUCGUGUCCGAUUUCCGCCGGGAGUUCUACGAGCUGGUGCAGAACCAGAGGGUCCUUCUCUUUGUGGCCUCGGACGUGGACGCUCUGUGCGCUUGCAAGAUACUUCAGGCCCUGUUCCAGUGUGACCAUGUGCAAUACACGUUGGUUCCAGUUUCUGGAUGGCAGGAACUUGAAACUGCAUUUCUUGAGCAUAGAGAACAGUUCCAGUAUUUUAUUCUCAUAAACUGUGGAGCUAACGUGGACCUUUUGGAUAUCCUUCAACCUGGCGAAGACGCUGUGUUCUUCGUGUGCGAUUCUCGCAGGCCAAUCAACAUCGUCAACGUAUACAACGACUCCCAGAUCAAAUUGCUCAUUAAACAAGAUGAUGACCUGGACAUUCCCGCCUACGACGACAUCUUCAGGGACGAAGAGGAGGAUGAAGAGCAGUCAGAAAAUGAGAGUGACGGGUCAGAGCCAUCUGAGAAGCGAAUGCGGUUAGAAGAGGAGAUAGUGGAGCGGACCAUGAGGAGGCGACAGCGGAGAGAAUGGGAGGCCCGGAGAAGAGACAUCCUUUUUGACUACGAGCAGUAUGAGUAUUACGGGACGUCGUCAGCCAUGGUGAUGUUCGACCUGGCGUGGACCAUGUCCAAGGACCUGAACGACAUGCUGUGGUGGGCCAUCAUCGGACUGACGGACCAGUGGGUGCAAGACAAGAUCACUCAGAUGAAGUACGUGACCGACGUCGGGGUGCUGCAGCGCCAUGUAUCCCGGCACAACCACCGGCACGGGGACGAGGACAACACGCUCUCCGUGGACUGCACGCGGAUCUCCUUCGAGUACGACCUGCGCCUGGCCCUGUACCAGCACUGGUCCCUGCACGACAGCCUGUGCUACACCAGCUACACCGCUGCCAGGUUCAAGCUCUGGUCCGUGCGCGGGAAGAAGCAGCUGCAGGAGUUCCUCGCGGACAUGGGUCUCCCCCUGAAACAGGUGAAGCAGAAGUUUCAGUCCAUGGACAUCUCUUUGAAGGAAAAUUUGCGGGAAAUGAUUGACGAGUCUGCGAGUAAAUUCGGGAUGAAGGAUAUGCGUGUGCAGACGUUCAGCAUUCAUUUCGGAUUCAAGCAUAAGUUCCUGGCCAGCGACGUGGUCUUUGCCACCUUGUCUCUGAUGGAGAACCCCGAGGAUGGCUCAGGGACCGAUCACUUCAUCCAGGCGCUGGACAGCCUCUCCAGACCACACCCCAACUCAGCCGGCAUCGGGCACCUCCCACAAGAGAACGAGGGGUGGAAUCAGAGCCUUGACGUCAUCUACCAGUGGUGUGAUGUGAUAGGCCGCCUGCCCCGGGCCUCGAUUUUCUCAUCUGUGAAGUGGACGAAGAACCGACGCUGCAAGCUGCUGCCCCUGGUGAUGGCCGCCCCCCUCAACGUGGAGCAGGGCACCGUGACCGUGGUGGGCAUCCCCCCGGAGACCGACACCUCAGACAGGAAGAACUUCUUUGGGCGGGCGUUCGAGAAGGCGGCCGAGAGGACCAACUCGCGCACGCUGCACAACCAUUUCGACCUCUCGGUAAUUGAGCUGAAGGCCGAGGACCGCAGCAAAUUUCUGGACGCACUCGUUUCCCUCCUGUCCUGAGGAAUUUGAUUUCUUCACAAGUGACCUCCUUCUGUAUUUAUAUUUAUAUGAAUUGGCUUUUAUUUAGGUUGUAAGUUAUGGACUUGGUGCGAGAUGCAGGCAGAGUGGUUCGUAAGGAAAUAAAGCCCACUGUUUUA